AUGAGACACUCCUAUCUCAUUAUAUUCCAACUAUUCACUCUUUUCAACUUGUCUUUGGCAAUUCCUUCAAUCUUUAAUUUACAAAACUAUUUCCAGAAACAACAAUAUGAACCACAUCCACAUGGUUAUACCCAGGGCUACUUGAGUAGCGAUCCCACGACAACAUCUCCCGUUGGCGGUCCCGCAGCGACCGGCUUAAUGGAAUUGCCAUCUUCUUCUCCUUCAUUUUCUUCUCGCGCGAAUAGGAAUCGACAUGCUCCGUAUAACGUUGAAGCCGUGAAUUCUGACUCUUUCGCUGCACAAAAGGCCGAUGAAGCAGCAGACGAUAGAAAAGUCCAUAACACUCAAAAUAGUUGGAUGCAUCGUUUGAUCAAUGGAAUUCAGUCUCCGCUUGGUCAAUCUCAGAAGGAUGAUGUGGAAUUUGUUGAAGAACCUUUGUCUAUGGUUGAUAUUUCACAGUAUGAAGACGAGGUUGUUUUACGUUUUAAUUGGUCAAGUACUCGUGACCAUAGAUCUUUCCGAUAUGCUACUGAGACCCUCGUAUUAGACGUAUGGGCUAUGGGUAAGGACUAUGGUGAUGUUCGUAUAGCGAGGUCUCGUGUCCGUGACUUGUUGAAGCUUUUGCCGAAGCAAAUGAGGGGAAGAAAGACUGAGCUUAUCUCUGACCUCCAGAUGUCUGUUUUUGCGAAUUAUCCUUUGGGAAAAUCAGGUACUGGUAUGGCGAAAAAGGUACACAAAGGCGGUUUGCAAUCAACAAACGGUGCUGUUAAUGGGGAUUGGAGUGAUGAUGAGGUAUUUUUCAGCGACUAUCGCAAUUUAGAAAACAUCAAUCUUUGGCUGGAUUCUCUAGCCUCGCGAGAUCCUAGAAAUUCAGAACUUAUAGCUAUUGAGUCCAUCGGAAAGUCACAUCAAGGACGUGACGUUAAUGUUGUUCAUAUCCGAAAAGCUAUGAUUGAGCCUAAACCUGUCAUUGUUAUUGUAUCUGGCGUACAAGGUCGUGAAUGGUCGUCGAUUAUGACAGGCUUAUAUUCAAUUUCCCAAAUCCUGAAUAAUCAUCAUAAUCAUCAUAAUCAUAAUGAUAUUUCAAAGUCGAUUUUGGAUCAGUUUGACUUUUUAUUUGUGCCGAUUCUGAAUCCCGAUGGCUAUGUGUAUACUUGGGAAUAUGAUAGACUAUGGCGUAAAAACAGACAACCUACUGGUAUGUCUAUUUGCUCUGGUAUUGAUAUUGACCAUUCAUUUGCUUAUAAUUGGCAACAAACAACGGAGUGCACUCCGUGUAGUGAAACAUACGGAGGUACCAGACCACAUGAAGCCCUUGAGGCCCUUCAUCUAUCGAAUUAUCUGAAUGCUACUGCUAAAAGAUUUGAUGGGUAUUUACAAUUUGGAUCUUAUUCGCAAACUGUUCUAUUUCCUCGUGGACGCAGUGUUGAUGAAUACGAAGAGUCAAAGGAGUUUGCUGAAGAUCUUGUUUCUGCAGCUGCUCUCGCCAUGACUACGACAGUCUCCAGCCAGCCUCCAGUGCCAUCGGUAAGUUCCGAUGGAUCUCACUUAACCUCAUCUCUCACUCAAAUGCAGACUACUGACUCACCGACCAGUCGGAGUCAAAAAUUCAACAUUGGAGAUCUAACAAUUCACCGCAACGGUGCACGAGGCGGCAGUAAUGUCGACCUAAUGAGAUCCAGAGGCAUAUACGCUCUUGAGAUCACUGUCCCGAGUCACGAUGACUCUGGUUUCCUGUUACCUAAAAAGCAUAUUUUAAGUGCGUCUCAAGAGAUGUACGCGGUCGUUAAAAGUUAUUGUGAUUUGAUUUCAGUAGGGUUAUAA